AUGGGCCUAAACGAGGAAUUCGACGACCGACAGAUCCAUAUCGAAUCCGAGCAACAACCAUACAUCCCCUAUGAGUAUCAGACUGAUAACAAUGACUCGUGGGCUGGUGCUUUGCCGGUGAAGCAGGGUCUCUAUGACCCUUCUCUCGAGAAGGAUGCCUGUGGUGUCGGCUUUGCUUGCCACAUCAAGGGCAAGCCCAGCCACAAGAUUGUCAGCGAUGCCCGAAACCUGCUCUGCAACAUGACCCACCGCGGUGCUGUGGGUUCCGAUGCUCGAGAUGGUGACGGUGCUGGUGUCAUGACAUCCAUUCCCCACCGGUUCUUUAUCAAGAACUUUGAGAAGGAGGAGGACAUUAAGCUGCCUCCUCUGGGCCAGUACGCCGUGGGAAACCUGUUCUUCAAGCCCGACGAGGAGACUCUUGAGGAGUCCAAGAGGCAGCUGGAAGAUGUUGCCGAGUCGUUGGGUCUUCGAGUCCUGGGAUGGCGACGGCCCCCCGUUGAUUCGACUCUUCUGGGUCCCGCUGCCAAGUCUCGCGAGCCCAUCAUUGCUCAGCCUUUUGUCGUCCUUGCCUCCGCCUAUGGUGCUGGCGUUGCUCCGGAGAUGACUGAUCCUGAGCAGUUCGACGAUCGCCUCUUCGAGCGACAGCUGUACAUCCUCCGCAAGCGUGCUACUCAGAGCAUUGGACUGCACAACUGGUUCUACAUCUGCUCCCUUUCCAACAAGAACAUUGUUUACAAGGGUCAGCUUGCUCCCGUACAGGUCUACUCUUACUACCACGAUCUCGUCAACGCCGAUUACGAGGCGCACUUUGCCCUGGUGCACUCUCGUUUCUCCACAAACACCUUCCCAUCCUGGGACCGUGCUCAGCCUCUGCGAUGGGCUGCCCACAAUGGUGAAAUCAACACUCUGCGAGGUAACAAGAACUGGAUGCGCGCCCGUGAGGGUGUCAUGCAGUCUGAUAUCUUCAAGGAGGAGCUUGAGCAGAUGUACCCCGUCGUCGAGGACGGUGGCUCUGACUCUGCUGCCUUUGACAACGUUCUUGAGCUUCUGACCAUCAACGGAGUUCUCUCUCUGCCUGAGGCUGUUAUGCUCAUGGUUCCCGAGGCUUGGCAGGGCAACCAGCACAUGGACCCCAAGAAGGCUGCAUUCUAUGAAUGGGCUGCUUGCCAGAUGGAGCCUUGGGAUGGUCCCGCUCUGUUCACCUUUGCUGAUGGCCGAUACUGUGGUGCUAACCUGGACCGAAAUGGUCUUCGACCUUGCCGUUUCUACGUCAUGGAUGACGACCGUAUCAUCUGCGCUUCCGAAGUCGGUACCAUCCCCGUCGAGCCUGAGACCGUCAUCCAGAAGGGCCGUCUCCAGCCUGGUCGCAUGUUGCUGGUUGAUACUCAGGCUGGCCGUAUCAUUGACGACAAGGAGUUGAAGGAGGCUGUUGCUAGCAGACACGACUUCCGAGCGUGGCUUGAUAGGGAAUUGAUUACCAUGCCCAAGGUCCUCGAGACCUUGGAGCAGGCUAUGGACCUUGCGCCCAAGUUGGACGACAAGACUCUCCAGGCUGAUCCCCUUCUGCUCUCCUUUGGAUAUACUCACGAGCAGGUUAGCUUGUUGCUUGCCCCCAUGGCCGCCGAUGAGAAGGAAGCCCUUGGUUCCAUGGGUAACGACGCCCCUCUGGCUUGCCUGACCCAGGCUCCUCGUCUGCUCUAUGACUACUUCCGACAGCUCUUUGCCCAGGUCACCAACCCUCCCAUUGACCCAAUCCGAGAGUCCAUUGUCAUGUCUCUGGAGUGCUAUGUUGGCCCUCAGGGUAACCUGCUGGAGAUGGACUCCUCCCAGUGCGGCCGUCUGCUGCUUCCCAGCCCCAUCCUCUCCAUCCCGGAGUUCAAUGCCAUCAACAACAUGUCCUCCACCUACUCUGACUGGACUGUCAAGACUAUUGACCUGACAUUCCCCAAGAACCAGGGUGUCCAGGGCUACAUCAGCCACCUCGACAAGAUCUGCGAAGAGGCUACUGCUGCCAUCGAGGCCCGGGACCGUGUCAUUGUUCUCUCUGACCGUAACACUUCCCCUGACCGCGUUCCCGUCUCUGCUGUUCUGGCUUCUGCCAUGGUCCACCACCACCUGGUCAGCAACAAGUGGCGAUCCAUGGCUGCACUGGUUGUUGAGACCGCCGAGGCUCGUGAGGUCCACCACAUGUGUGUUCUCCUCGGUUAUGGUGCCGAUGCCAUCAACCCGUACCUUGCUAUGGAGUGCAUCCUCAAGUUGAACCGUGAGGGUCUUAUCAAGAAGAAGCUGAGCGAUGAUGCUCUUAUCCGAAACUACAAGCACUCUUGCGACGGUGGUAUCCUCAAGGUUAUGAGCAAGAUGGGUAUCUCAACUCUUGCUUCUUACAAGGGUGCUCAGAUCUUCGAGGCUCUCGGUCUCGACGAGUCCGUUGUCGAGCGAUGCUUCAAGGGCACUGCUUCCCGCAUCCAGGGUCUGACCUUCGAGCUCAUUGCUGAAGACGCCUUCCGAUUCCACGAGCGUGGUUUCCCCUCGCGAUCCACCGUUGGACCUACUGGCCUUCCCGAGUCUGGCGAGUACCACUGGCGUGAUGGCGGUGAGCCUCACGUCAACGACCCUACCUCGAUUGCCAACAUCCAGGACGCCGUUCGAACCAAGAACGACAAGUCCUACGAGGCUUACUCCCGCUCCGAGUAUGAGCAGAUCAAGAACUGUACUCUCCGAGGUCUCCUCGACUUCAAGUUUGAGGACUGCACCCCUGUCCCCAUUGACCAGGUUGAGCCCUGGACCGACAUUGUCCGCCGCUUCUGUACUGGUGCCAUGUCUUAUGGUUCCAUCUCUAUGGAGUCUCACUCUACCCUUGCUGUCGCCAUGAACCGACUUGGCGGCAAGUCCAACACUGGUGAGGGUGGUGAGGAUCCCGAGCGAUCUCAGCGUCUUCCCAACGGCGAUACCAUGCGCUCUGCCAUCAAGCAGGUCGCCUCUGGUCGUUUCGGUGUCACCUCCGCCUACCUGGCUGACUCUGACGAGCUUCAGAUCAAGAUGGCCCAGGGUGCCAAGCCUGGUGAGGGUGGUGAGCUUCCUGGCCACAAGGUCUCCAAGUCGAUUGCUCGCACUCGUCACUCGACUCCUGGUGUCGGUCUCAUUUCGCCUCCUCCUCACCACGACAUUUACUCCAUUGAGGAUCUGAAGCAGCUGAUCUACGAUCUGAAGUGCUCUAGCCCUCGAUCCCGAGUCUCCGUCAAGCUUGUUUCCGAGGUUGGUGUUGGUAUCGUCGCCUCUGGUGUCGCCAAGGCCAAGGCUGAUCACAUCCUGAUCUCUGGCCACGACGGUGGUACUGGUGCCUCCCGAUGGACUGGUAUCAAGUACGCCGGUCUUCCCUGGGAGCUUGGUCUGGCUGAGACCCAUCAGACUCUGGUCCUCAACGAUCUCCGUGGUCGUGUGGUUGUGCAGACUGAUGGUCAGCUCAAGACUGGUCGCGAUGUCGCCCUGGCCUGUCUGCUUGGUGCUGAGGAAUGGGGCUUCGCCACCGCUCCUCUCAUCGCCAUGGGAUGUGUCUUUAUGAGAAAGUGCCAUUUGAACACCUGCCCUGUUGGUAUCGCUACUCAGGACCCCGAGCUGCGCAAGAAGUUCAAGGGUAGCCCUGAGCAUGUCAUCAACUUCUUCUACUAUGUCGCCAACGAGCUCCGAGCCAUCAUGGCUCAGCUUGGUUUCCGCACCAUCAACGAGAUGGUUGGCCACGUUGAAGUUCUCAAGAUGCGCGAUGACCUGCGAACCAACAAGACAGCCAACAUUGACCUGUCUCUCCUCCUGACCCCAGCCCACAAGCUCCGACCUGGUGUCGCCACCUUCAACGUCCGAAAGCAGGACCACAAGCUCUAUGUCCGACUCGACAACAAGCUGAUUUCCGAGGCCGAGUUGACCCUCGACAAGGGUCUGCCCUCGAGAAUCGAGUGUGAUAUUGUCAACACUGACCGAGCGAUGGGUACCUCCCUGUCCUACCACAUCUCCAAGCGCUAUGGAGAGGCUGGUCUGCCCCUGGACACUGUCCAUGUUAACAUCAAGGGCUCUGCUGGUCAGUCCUUCGGAGCUUUCCUUGCCCCUGGUGUCACACUUGAGCUCGAGGGUGAUGCCAACGAUUACGUUGGCAAGGGUCUGUCGGGUGGUCGCCUGAUCAUUUACCCUCCUCGCUCUGCCGUCUUCAAGGCCGAGGAGAACAUCCUUAUUGGAAACACUUGCUUGUACGGUGCUACCACUGGUACUUGCUUCUUCCGCGGUGUUGCAGCUGAGCGAUUCGCUGUCCGAAACUCGGGUGCUACCGCCGUUGUUGAGGGUGUUGGUGACCACGGCUGUGAGUACAUGACUGGUGGCCGCGUUGUCAUUCUUGGAUCUACUGGUCGCAACUUUGCGGCUGGUAUGUCUGGUGGUAUCGCCUACAUCUUGGAUGUGCACGGCGACUUCAUGUCCAAGCUCAACGAUGAGAUGGUUGAGGCCGGCCCCAUUGAGGACGCCACUGAGAUUGCCUUCGUUCGCGGUCUCAUUGAGGACCACCACCACUACACUGGAUCCGAGCGUGCUGCCCGCAUCCUGGUUGACUUCAACCGUGCCCUGCCCCGCUUCAUCAAGGUCCUCCCUGUCGACUACAAGCGUGUUCUCGAGGAGGAGGCUGCCAAGGCGGCAGAGGCCAAGCGUGCCGAGUACAACCUGCCCGUCGUCUCUGGUGUUCACACCAAGAAGGCGGAGAAGGCCGCUAAGCUCCAGGAUCUCGAGGAGGCUGUUGGCGACAACGCCGCAGAGAAGAAGCGCGCCCUUGUGCUCGACAAGACUAAGGGCUUCAUGAAGUAUAAGCGCCGCGCUGAGAAGUACAGACCUGUGACCUCCCGUCUCAAGGACUGGGCUGAGCUCAGCUCUCGCCUGGACCAGGAUGAGCUCAAGUAUCAGUCAGCUCGAUGCAUGGACUGUGGUGUCCCUUUCUGUCAGUCCGAGACUGGUUGCCCCAUCUCCAACAUUAUCCCCAAGUGGAAUGAAUUGGUCUUCCAGGGACAAUGGAAGGAUGCUCUUAACCGUCUGCUGAUGACCAACAACUUCCCCGAGUUCACUGGUCGUGUGUGCCCUGCUCCUUGCGAGGGUGCUUGCGUCCUGGGUAUCAACGAGGACCCUGUCGGCAUCAAGUCGAUCGAGUGCGCCAUCAUUGACCGAGGCUUCGAGAUGGGCUGGAUGAUUCCCCAACCCCCUGAGGUCCGCACUGGCAAGACUGUUGCCAUCAUUGGCUCUGGCCCCGCCGGUCUGGCCGCUGCUGAUCAGCUCAACCGUGCUGGUCACCUCGUCACUGUCUAUGAGCGUGCUGACCGUCUGGGAGGUCUGCUCAUGUACGGUAUCCCCAACAUGAAGCUUGACAAGCGUAUCGUUAAGCGCCGAACCGACUUCAUGGCUUCUGAGGGUAUCAUCUUCAAGACUGGUGUUGCUGUUGGUGAGGAGGGUCAUCCUUCUCUUGACGACCUCCGGGCUAGCCACAACGCCGUCGUCAUUGCUACCGGUGCCACUGUUGCUCGUGAUCUGCCUAUCAAGGGCCGUGAGCUUGACGGCAUCCACUACGCCAUGGAGUUCCUGCACAAGAACACCAAGUCUCUCCUCGACUCCGAGCUUGCCGACAACACCUACAUCUCUGCCAAGGACAAGCACGUUAUUGUCAUUGGUGGUGGUGACACUGGUAACGAUUGUAUCGGAACCUCUCUCCGCCAUGGUGCCAAGUCGGUCACCAACUUCGAGCUGCUGCCCCAGCCUCCGCCUGAGCGUGCCAAUGACAACCCCUGGCCUCAGUGGCCUCGCAUCUACCGUGUGGACUACGGUCACACCGAGGUCCGCCAGCACACUGGCAAGGAUCCUCGUGAGUACUGCAUCAUGUCUGAGGAGUUCAUGGGCGACGGUUCCGGCAAGGUCAAGGGCAUCGUCACUGUUCGCGUGGAGUGGACCAAGUCUCCUAGCGGUGGUUGGGACAUGAAGAAGGUCGACGGUUCUCAGCAGUACUUCAAUGCUGACCUUGUCCUGCUUGCCAUGGGCUUCCUUGGCCCUGAGGCUCGCGUGCUCGGCGACGACAUUGAGAAGGACGCUCGCAAGAACGUCAAGACGCCUCCUGGCAAGUACUGCACCAACAUUGAGGGUGUCUUUGCUGCCGGUGACGCCCGCCGUGGUCAGUCUCUAAUUGUCUGGGGUAUCAACGAAGGUCGCCAGGCUGCCCGUGAGGUUGAUCUGUACCUCCAGCAGUACACCAACCUGCCAGUUACCGGUGGUAUCACCAAGCACACCGCGCAGGAGAUCUUCACCCAGAUCCAGGUCGAGGCUUAGAUAGAUGACGCCGUCAUUCCAAGAUGAUGGUCUUUCUCUCUUGUUUUUUGUGGGCAUGGGAGCAAACGGUUCAGCGAUAUACCCUGAUUGUGGGACAAUUGGAGCUCAUGCAGGCUUGGGUUAACGGGGAACUGCGACUUUGAUGUUUUUCUAUACCAAUUUGUAGAAUUGCGCGUUAGGCUGGAUAUAUAAAAUUAUGAUUUGGACCA